AUGGUCAACCAUCCAUUCAUACAUCUCGUUGCUCUCAAAGGGAGAAGUGGAAUUUCUCACUCGUCGAAUUUUCUCCAGCAAACAAUCGAUCAGGCCAUCUUCCAUUCAGGCUGGGUAUUCCGUCUAGUACGAACAUGCGAAGAGUUGGAGUUUGAACUCCAUAACCCCCUCAUUGGACAUUUGGUAGCAGCUACGGCCACUAUUCCUUGGAUUUUCCAGUUUGCAAAAGACCAGCAAGUGUCUUCAAAUGCAGAUAGAGACUUGGGUACUUGCGCUCGAUUCCUUAGUCGGGCUGCAACCACCUGGCCGUCGAUUCCUCAGAAGUUUGAUGCAUUGAGAAACCUUCAGUCGGUCGCAGAAAGUGACCUGCGGAGUGGGCCCAGCGAACCCAGAACCAUCAGAUUUCAGCCAUCAGUUCUGUGGAAUCUUCUUGAUCCCAAGUUUAUCCGGUCCACGAAGCACAAACAGACUGCGCGCGAGGGAAUUCUAUCGCGAAGUGACUCAGGACAAGAUACGCACAUGCGUAUUGCUACAAAUUUCGUCCACCCACUAGUGGAUGAACAAUCUGAACAGCCUGUAUUGUCUGAUAUCACGGCAGCAUCGGCCUUCCCGGGCGUCGAAGAGCUCGAGCAAUUGCCCAUGAGUGAGCUCUUCACUCAAUUCUCGUCGAAUGACCUCAAUUGGUUAUAUCCGUAG